AUGGUGAAACAGGGAAGUCGGUCACUAGAAGAAACAUGGAGUACUCUACAAGAUCUAUGGUUGUCAAUAGAUCAAAAACGACAAAAUCCCAUGAAAUACCCUGAAGAUAUGGUGAUUCACGACCAAUUCAUCCAAGAACAAAGGUUGUUUCAAUUCUUAAUUGCAAUUGAUAGCAAAUAUGAAUCAACCAAGAGAGAAAUAGUCAAAAUGGAGCCACUUCCCUCGGUUGAUCAAGCUUACAACCUGGUCCGGCAAGAGGAGACGCGGUCCCAGGUUCUACAGCCAGGAACCGGAACAACCACAGAUGGUAUCGGCGCUGGAUUCGCUGUCCGAGGGAGAUCGAUGCCCAGCCACGGAUCUCACGGCGGUUCGCGGGGCGGCAGCAAUCUCGGUGGAGGAGGCUGGAACCGACGAAAUGAUGAUGAAGAUAAAUCGAAAUUGGUGUGCUCAUACUGCAAACGGAAGAAACACACCAAAGAAUCUUGUUUUGAAUUAAUCGGAUACCCAGAGUGGUGGAAGAGAAGCACGGCAAGCCUCCAGCACCGACAUCUGCUCGCACGCCCUGGAACCGCGGCGGCGGCCAUUGGAGGACAAUCGGGGGACGGAGGAAACCAUGCUAUCACCACCGAGGGAAACCGAGAGGUUGCACAGGCUCGGAGCGGCAACAAAGGGGAAACUCACGGAGCAGUUCAGCCAACAAGCUUGACCGGAACGGCCAAUUUCGCCGGCGGAACUGUGAUAGCGAAUUGGGCAGAUGAACAAAUGGGGUAUAGUAAAACGGCGGCGGGUGAAGAAGGAUAUCCGAACAGGGGAGAUUAUUGGGCGUGGCACUGAACGCGAUGGAUUGUACUACGUGGAUGAGAUAGCUCAAAAAGGAACUGUCAUGCUAACUCACGGGUCUGCUGAUCGGAAAGCUUGGCUUUGGCAUCGACGUCUGGGGCAUCCUUCCACGGGUUACUUAAAAUUAUUAUUUCCUGAUAUUGUUCCUAAGCAUGAUAUGUAUUGCGAAACUUGUUUUUUAUCUAAAGGUCAUCGUAACUCUUAUCCGUUAAAUAAUACUCAGAGUUGAAUCCUUAUUUUCCCUUGUGCACUCUGACGUAUGGGGGCCCGCACCAAUUAUUGGGGGGUAAGGUUUUAGAUACUGCUUAGUCUUUGUUGAUGAUUGUACACGCAUGACUUGGGUAUAUUUUAUGAAACAAAAAUCUGAGGUUCUCACUCA